UAGUUUAGAAAAAUAUGUCUAUAUUAUAUGAUCCUGAGGAAGAGUUUAGGAAAUCACAUAGUUCUUACUCACGCCGGUCACAUGAUAACUACCAAUCAGAAACUGCAAUUAAAUAUGAUGAUUUGCUAGUUUUCGGUUAUGAGUGUAAAUUAUUUAGAGAUGAUCAACAAGCUGAAUCAGUUAAUAAAGGAGAGACAUUAAUUCCUUGGAUGGGAGAUAAAAUGCUUUUAAUUGACAGAUAUGAUUGUCGAGGUCAUUUGUACCACAUUGAGGAGUUUGAUUUCAGUAAAACUGUUUCUAAUGAUUCUAUAUCUCCAGAAGAGCUGGAAAUUGAAAAAAUUUGUGAUGAAGAGAGAUAUUUGAGUUUAAACAAAGAUAUGAUCAAUGAAGAUAUAUUAAAAGAGGAGGAAGAAAAAAGAAUCAACAAUUUAUAUAAUCCUCACACAGCAUAUCAAACUAUUGAUUACUCUUACAGCGAUGAUCCUAGUAAGAACAAACUACUUCCAAUUGAAAAUGCUUUUUAUCAAUAUUGUCAAUACUAUGGAUAUGACAAAGAAAAUCCUAAUGUGAAAGCUUAUUUUCUUAGUUUACAGAGUUAUGAUUAUGAAAGGCCUCCACCUCCGCCUGAACCUUCAUCAGCUGAAAAUACUAACAGUUCUUCAACUGUUUUAACUAUACAAAAAUCUGAUAAGUUUGUACCACCAGAAGGACUUAUUAUUCCUGCUGGAAUGGAAGUGCCGGAAACCUCAAAGAUGCAGUCAAUAGUGGAGAAAACUGCUUUGUUUAUUAGUAAGCAAGGUACACAAAUGGAGAUAGUUUUAAAAGCUAAGCAAUCUGGAAAUGCUCAAUUUGAUUUUCUAAGUUUUGACAAUUGGCUAAAUCCAUAUUACAAGUUUAUCUUACAGAAAAUCAAAAGCGGAGAGUAUAAGUUAUCAGAGGAAGAAAAAGAUGAGAAAGAAAAGAAGUUGUUAAAGGAUGACUCUGAUUCGAGUGAUGAAAAUAGUGAUAAUGAAAAUGAGCUUCAUCCGUUACUACAAGCUCAUAGACGGCCAUUAAAUAAAGUUGCAACUACUUUAGCUUCAAUUACUAACUACAUACCAAAAUCAAAACCAACAGGAAAAAUUGAGGAUCUAGCUAAGAUUUACAUGAGUAUGAAAUAUAGUUCAGAUAAAGAAGAAAAAGACUUCAAAGAUGAAGGUAAAGACAAUACCAAUGAAGAUCAAAAGAUCCUUGAUAAUAAACCCGAAUCACAACCAAUCCUUCCAAUAUCUGAAAGCAAUGCUUAUCCUUUAUACCCUUUGUAUCCAUCUGAUUUGGUUCCACAAAGUGAAUUGCAAUACCCAUCAAUGCCACAUAUGAUGAAUAAUGUUCCAAUUAUGCUUGAUCCUUCCUCCUAUCAUUUUUAUUCUGGACACAAUAUUGUUCAACCACCUGUCCACAGUAUUGUACAACCACCUGUUCACAGUAUUAACCCUCUUGUGCAACCACCUAUAAACUAUAGGUUUCAACAACCAAAUUCAUCUGCAGCUUCUCUGCAAUCUGCUACUAUAUCUAAACCUCCACAGUUAAUAUGUGAUUUGCUUGAUAGAUCUACUUCUAUACGUUCUACUACUUCAGAGCUUUCAAAAUCAUCAGCAGUACUUAGACCACCUGGACCAUUAUUACCACCUCAAGUUAUGUCAUUGUAUAAAACAUCUCAUUUAACUUCAGAAGAUUCAGAUGAAAGCUUACAACCACCUGGUGUUGAACUAGAAUCAAGCAAAGAAUUCAAUUCAAAUCUUCCACCUCCUCCGCCAUUACCACCACCACCAACAAUUGAAGUAAUAAAAAAGAAAGUUAUAAGUAACAUUCAGCCCACAGAAAAUGUUUGUGUUGCAAAAACUUUAACAGUGGAAAAUAGUUUUAAAGGUCAAAAAAACAUAACCACAGACAAUUUACAUGUAAGAGAAAAACCUGAAAUAGAAAAUACUUUUUGUGAAAGUGAACCAGUUAAUUUGGAUUGUAAAUUAUUGUCUAACAAUGAUCGCUACAAGCCAUCUUCCUUACUUUCACAAAUUUUAAACAGUAGAGGUGUCAGUUCAUCUUUGUUUUUAGAUAGAUUAUAUCAUGGUGAGAGCAAUAUAGAUAAUUUUAAUGAUGUAAGUCAAGACCGGACUUAUAAUUUACAUCCUGAUUUUAAUUUUUUUGAAACCAAUAAUAUUUCUGCAAAAAAACAAAAAAAAAAUGAACAAAAAGACAGUAUAGAAACUAUGUGUAACUCUGAUAUUGACUCAUUAAAUUAUAAAAAAGAAAAUUCUUUAUUGCAAUCAGUAUAUAGAAAAAAUGAUUCACUAGAUAGAUAUUCUGCAAAUGAUAUUUAUUCAAAUAGUACUUUACCGCUAAUGACACAUCCAUAUAUUCCGCCUCAAUCAUUAAAUUCUUCUAUAAAUGCUGUUCCUUUUAUACCUGAACCCAGUAACUCUCAAAUAUUAAAUACAUUUCUCCCAUCCACCGAUAUAUCAAAAACAAUAAAUACAUCAACAGAUAAAUCAUUAAACCAGCAUGCAAGUAUGCAAAAUAAUUUAGACCCACUUCAGAGGCAACCGGAAGAAAAUUAUAAUUUUCAACUUUAUUCCCCUCAAAGUCUAUAUACUGAUGUUAUUAUACCACCACCAGAUCUUCAACCUGUUAUUGACCGUCUUGCAUUAUAUGUAGUAAAAAAUGGUGAUGAGUUUGAAGAAGGAAUUAAACUCAAAGAAGACCCUCGAUUUGAUUUUUUAAAUAGCUGGAAUAUGUAUAAUAAAUACUAUACUCAACAAAAGUUUUUAAUGAAAGUUGAAAUUCAAAAACAAAAAGAAGAAGAUGAAGAACGAAAAAGGAAUAUGAAGGUUAGUUUUGGCUUAAAAACAAAAUCAAAAGCAGUAUCUAAAAAAGCUUCUAAAGUUCAGGCAACUGCAAUUUUUAAUCAAAAUGAAGAAGAAGAAGAGGAACCAGUAAAAACUGAUGGCUUUAAACCUAACAAAGAUAAAGAGAAUGAGAUGAGACGAAAACAGGAGACACAUGAUUGCAGUAGUAGUAGUCUAAACUCACAUCGAACUAGUAAAUCAACUCCACAACAAAUUGCUCAAGCAAAGCGUUUUACACAAGCAGCUAACUUAAGAGAAACACAGCAAAAAAUGCAAGAAGAAAGGAAAAAAAAAGCUGCAUCAUUUGUCGUAAAGUUGAAAAACACUGACAAUGUACCUGAAGGUCCGCCAGCAAAAAGGGCUGAUACCAAAAAGGACGCUUUUUUCGAAGCCAUAAAUCAGGCAUUUAAGGGUAUUUAAAUUUCUUGAGAAACAUUUAAAUUAUCGGAAGUUUUAUGAAGUACCCUUUAAAGUGUAAAUUUAGUAAAUUUAUUGUAAUUUUUCUGUUUGUAUAAAAUUUUAUGGAGAAAAUACAAAAUAUAUUA